AAUAACAUGUUUGAAACUAGUAUGACAUUGAACAUUGGUACACUUCUAUAUUGCCCUCCAGAGAAUUUUGAUUCUGGAGUUUCUAAUAAUUCUGAGCUUUUUGAAAAUGAACAGUUCUCUGGAUUCUCAAACGCUACCGACUCCAUCCAUUAUUCCAAUUCAAAUAUGAAUAGUAAUUCAUCAAUUGGAUCAGGUACAUUUGGAGGAUCUUCCUUAUCAAAAGAGGAAAGAAUCAAGAAUGCAUCCAAGAUUGAUGUCUAUUCGUUUGGAAUUAUUAUGUGGUCACUCUUUUUUGAAGAAGUUCCUUAUACGACUCACAAUCACAAAAAGAUGAACUAUUUUACAGAGAUGUCAGAUUGUAACAGUCUAACAGUUAUUACCCAGAUAGUGAGAGGAAAAAGACCAAACAUUCCCUUCUCAAAUGAUGAACAAUUGAAGGAAUGGACAAGAUUAUUUAUUCAACCAAUCAAUAAUGAGAACAGCAAUCUAUUUGUUGAAGGUGUUUCCAAGUAUAUCAAACUAGUGCAACAGUGUUGGCAUCAGCUCCCAAAUGAAAGACCAAGCUUUGAGGAAAUUAUCCAACAUUUGUAUGAAAUUGCCAGAUUAUGUGAUGAUAGCCCACUUUUCAUGUAAAUCCGUCUUCUAUCAUUUGCAUUUAAGUCUAUUCCUUUAGAUAUCUAAAGUAUUUGAUCUUUCGAAUAUCAAAAACUCAAAAAACAACUGAUGUUCUCUGUUCCCUUAUUCUUAAUUGAUUGGAACAACACCAAGAGUAGAAUCAGAGUUGAGUUUAUAUUGUAAACUGGUAUAAAUGUUGAUUAC